UCUUCUUCCCUCUCUCCCUCUUGUCCUCUGUCCCGGAGCGCCUCUGCGCUCCUCCAACACGCAGCUCUCUGCGGUCCCUUCUGCUCCUUCACUCGGAUGAGCUGAGAGCCGCGGGCGUGUGUAUAUGGAAAUAGUGGGGUGCCGAGCAGAAGACAACUCGUGUCCUUUCCGUCCCCCAGCCAUGCUCUUCCACGGGAUCUCCGGAGGCCACAUCCAAGGUAUCAUGGAGGAGAUGGAGCGCAGAUCUAAGACGGAGGCCCGCCUGGCCAAAGGCGCUCAGCUCAACGGCCGCGACGCGGGCAUGCCCCCGCUGAGCCCCGAGAAGCCCGCUCUCUGCGCCGGCUGCGGGGGCAAGAUCUCGGACAGGUACUACCUGCUGGCUGUGGACAAACAGUGGCACCUGAGGUGCCUGAAGUGCUGUGAAUGUAAGCUGGCCCUCGAGUCGGAGCUCACCUGCUUCGCCAAGGACGGUAGCAUUUACUGCAAGGAGGAUUACUACAGAAGGUUCUCUGUGCAGAGAUGUGCCCGCUGCCACCUUGGCAUCUCCGCCUCCGAGAUGGUCAUGCGCGCCCGAGACUCAGUCUACCACCUGAGCUGUUUCACCUGCUCCACGUGCAACAAGACCCUGACCACGGGCGACCAUUUUGGCAUGAAGGACAGCCUGGUGUACUGCCGCGCCCACUUCGAGACCCUCUUGCAAGGGGAGUAUACACCGCAGCUGAGCUACACCGAGCUGGCGGCCAAGAGCGGCGGCUUGGCCCUGCCUUACUUCAACGGCACUGGCACCGUGCAGAAAGGGCGGCCCCGGAAGCGGAAGAGCCCAGCGCUGGGAGUGGACAUCGUCAAUUACAACUCAGGUUGUAACGAGAACGAGGCAGACCACUUGGACCGGGAUCAGCAGCCUUACCCACCCUCACAGAAGACCAAGCGCAUGCGCACCUCCUUCAAGCACCACCAGCUCCGGACCAUGAAAUCCUACUUUGCCAUCAACCACAACCCGGAUGCCAAGGACCUCAAGCAGCUUGCUCAGAAAACAGGCCUCACCAAAAGAGUUUUGCAGGGAGAACAAAUCUUGGGGCAUUACAGCCAAACAUCCCGACGUUUGAAAAUUCCCUAAAGUAUUAAAAGAAGGGGAAAAGUUUGAUCGGAAAUCCACUGCAGUGAAGACAAAGACAAUAUUAGGUUAUGAUAAUCAUACAUUUUAAAAUCUAUUGAGCCAAAAAAAAAAAAAAGAGAGAGAGAGAGACAGAGAGAGACUUAAAUGUCAUUUACUGAAUGUUAACAAAAAUUCUGUUCUUUAUGGUGUCUAACACAAAUGGAGGCUUAAAGUUAUGUGGUUUAAAACAAAAUUAGUUAAGCCGUGUAUAAACCAGAGCAACCUGGCAGUAAUAUGCCCACCCCAUAUUUGAAGAAAAUUAUUAUUGCUAAAAAAUCCCACACAUUUGUCAAGCACAGUAGUUGUAAAAUAAAGUCCAAAAACAUUCAUUUCACCUGCUUACUAAUGUGUAUUAGUCCUAUCUGUUGAUGGCAUUUUCCAAUUGUAAAUUCAAAGAAAAGCUAUCACUCACUUGAGAGUAUAGGAAUCAAAACCCAGUAAUUUUAGUAUUAUUGUUUAUUACUUCCUUUUUAAACAGAAAUCUCUGCAUGCACUUUUACAUCUGUCACUCCUAGUGUACAUCUCUGUAUGAUGACUUAUCUUUGCUGUUUCUUGUAUGAUAAAUAGCUUUCAUUAAUAAACAUUUUAUUUGAUGCGAACAUAGUUAACUU